AUGUGCCCAUCAGAUUUCGCGAAGCAGCUGCAAGCAACGGCCUUAGAAGCCCCUUCAACAACAAGCGGAGGGAAUUCUGGCGGUGGCUCGACCUCAACGGCGGAGUUGCAGCCCCUCCGCCGGUCAAGGCAGAGGGAUAUUCGUGAUUUGGUGGACGUGGCAGGUCGUGAGUGGCUGGAUCAUUUAUGGGCUGCUGCGGUGGCUGACAAUGACUUGGUGUUUCGCGUUUCCAAGUCAAUGGCAAUGCAGUCAUUCGUGGAUGCGGCCAUUGCAUUCGGGAGGCCAUAUACGCUUCCUUCACCGUCCAGGGUGGGCAGCGCACUACUCGAGAAGCUGGUCGCUGAAACAGAAGACCUCAUCAAGCCGAUGAAGGACAACUGGGCAACUAAUGGCUGCACUUUGAGUGUUGACCGUUGGACGUGCCUCAAGAGCCGUGGCAUGGUCUGCAUGAUCGCACACAAUCACACGACACCGGUGAUCGUCGGGUGCAUCGACUCAAAGAUCACCAAGAAGACGGGAGAGUAUCUCAGCAGUCUCAUCCAGCGUGCCAUCUGCAAGUCCGGAGAUCGCCACGUUGUCCAAGUGGUGAUGGACAACGCGGCAAACGACAAAAAGGCGGCUGCAUUGUUGCAUGAUGGGUUUCCCCAUGUUUUUUUCACCAAUUGCGCUGCUCAUGUGCUUGAUUUGAUGUUGCAUGACAUGGGUAAGAUUGCAGCCGUGAAGCGGGUGUUGAAUCAGGUCCACCGCAUUGUCAUGAUAAUGAAGGGCAGCGCAUCGGCCGUGGCCCUAUUCCGCGAGGUGUUCAGCGAGUUGGAGCUCGUCCAACCGGGUGCCAGCCACUUUGGCACUCAAGUCAACAUGAUCACUCGCUUCCUUAAGGUGAAGCAGUCGUUGAAGGAGAUGGUGAUAUCCGAGGAGUGGCAGGAGGUGGCGGUGGCACGUUCGGAUGAGGGCAAAGCCAUCCGUAAGCUCUUGUUGGAAGAUGCCUUUUGGGGGUCGAUCACAGUGAUUCUCGGCCUUAUGAACCCCGUGAACCGUUCUGGUCAAACGCACGGGGCUGCUGGCCGCUAA